GACGAUUUUUGUGUUCUUAUGGUUGAAGCAUGGUAUAGUCUAGUUGUUUGGUUUAUAUUUGGAGAAAAUAUUUAAAAAAAUUAUUGAAAGAGUAAUUUUUCAAAAUGAUUGGUUCAAAAUCUGAAAGCGGCGGUACUUUGCGCAAUCGAAAAAAAGGAUCACGGAUGACACUUUCUGAGGCUGGGAGGCUCCUACGUAAAAGGAUAUCUGUAUCUCGACAACUUUUAGCUGCUGGCCAAGUAUGGAAAAAUAGUCUUCCCAGUCAUGAUUGUGAUGUCGUUGUUACAUUCCCUCAGUCAACUACUGAAGAAACUUUAGUGUGGUUUCUGACACAGCUCAAAACAAAUGUCCCAGAACUCUUGGUAGAAGUUAGACACCAUAGACAUACAAACGUAUAUGGAUUUUAUUUGACUACGUCGUAUGAAAAUUUAUUGAAAGGGGCUGAAGAGAUGCGACUUCGUAAACCUCUGAAACCUCAAUUUGGUGGUGGUAUGAAGGAAUUUGUAUAUGAAGAAAGAGAGUGCUUCAAUCAGUCUGAAAAUAAAGAUUUAUUUCUGAGCAGCCAGGAAAGACAGAGUAUUAUUCUCAAUUUACUCUAUGGACUCAGGGCUUCAGAUAAAGAUGAACUUCUACAUAUCAAAUUCAUUGAAGGCCAACCAAUUGUGCCUAAAUGCUUAGCUGAAGGAGUCAUUUCCCAAGUUUUACCUUUGCACAAUUCAGAUGCUCUUAACAAUCUAAAACGGACAUGGAUGCAAGCUAUUUUCAAACCUCAACCUUUAAAUGAUAUUUGUGAUUAUUUUGGAGUGAAAAUUGCCAUUUAUUUUGCCUGGUUAGGCCAUUAUACCAAAGCUUUAACACUGCCAGCUUUCUUUGGAGUAUUUUUGUGGCUUUGCUAUUAUGGGAGAGAUCAAGCUACAGAAGAUAUUUGUUUUGUUGUGUUCGCUUUGUUCAAUGUUUUAUGGGCUACUCUGUACUUGGAAUCUUGGAAAAGACAUUGUGCUGAAUUAGCUUAUCGGUGGGGGACACUGGAUAUUCAGAAUGAACUCUUAGCAGAACCUAGACCUCUUUUUACUGGCCCUUUAGCUAUCAGCCCUGUGACUGGAAGAAUGGAACCCACUUACCCCGCUUGGAAGCGCAAUUUAUUUCGAUACUGUGUCAGUUUACCAGUCAUUGCAUUUUGUUUGUUGGUUGUCUUUCUUGUCAUGUUUCUGAUUUUCGAACUGCAGACAUGGUGGGAUCGAAUGAUUGAUGCUCGGGGAUUUCCAUUCUGGAUGACAUUAUUUCCCAAAGUUCUCUUGGCAUUAGUCAUCAAUGUGCUGGAUGGUGUAUAUCAUAAAAUCGCUGUCUGGUUGAAUGACAAAGAGAACUAUAGAGGGGAAGAACAAUAUGAAAAUCAUCUUGUAGCUAAAGAGCUGUUGUUUCAGUUUGUAAAUUCCUUCUUGUCACUGUUUUACAUUGCUUUUUAUUUGCAAGAUAUGGAAAAAUUAAAAGAACAAUUAGCAGCUUUAUUAAUUACAAGACAAGUUGUGGGGAACAUCAAAGAAUCUUUCAUUCCAUUCUUAACUGAAACAUUGAAAUUAGCUCAUUUGGGAGCAGAUCAUUCAGUUCAUACGCCUUCUGGGUCUGAAAAUGAACAGAAAGAUUUCAGUUCUGAUCAAGAAAGUGAUGCUGUGUCUUCAGCUGCCUCAACACCUGUUCAUGAAAAUACAAAAAAGAAAAAAAAUUACAAUAAUCUUACACAGGCUGAAGUAGAAAGUGCUAUGUAUAAGUAUGAAGGUACUUUUGAAGAUUAUCUUGAAAUGUUCAUACAGUUCGGUUAUGUUAUUUUGUUUUCAUCUGCCUUUCCAAUGGCUGCUAUGUGUGCAUUAAUGAAUAAUGUCAUUGAAAUAAGAAGUGAUGCUUUCAAACUUUGUAUGAUUUUCCAACGUCCCUUUGGUCAAAGAGCUGAAAAUAUUGGUACUUGGCAAGACGCAAUGGAAGUAAUGGGUGUGAUUGCUGUUAUUGUAAAUUGUGCUUUGAUUGGAAUGUCAGGACAAGUGCAGAGAAUGUUUCCUAACCUGUCUACUCAAGGCACUAUUAUUCUUAUUAUAAUUUUAGAGCACCUCAUUCUCUCUAUAAAAUUUGGGAUUGCAUAUGCAAUUCCUGAUGUUCCUCAAUGGGUAGCAACAAAAAUGGCUAAAGUAGAAUUUCAGCGUCGGGAAGCAGUAAAGCAUUUCCAUCGAAAUUCCUUAUUGAAGAAAAAAAGGAAAAUGGAGACAAAGAGUAACAGCUUUGACUCUUCCACACCAAGUUCUAAAUAUUCUAAAAAAUCAACCAACAAAUGCAAAGAAAAAGCCUGCCAAACUGAAACCAUUCAUCCUCUCCAAAGAGAGAGUUCUAUUUCAGAAGAACUUGUGUUAGGUUCUUCACCAUCUAUUUCUGCCAACAAAAAUGAAGUAACUGAUAAAUUAAAUCCUAGCAUUAAGUUGUCUCCUGUACAUGGCGAUCCUGCUAGCAGUCCUCUUUGUAAUGCGGAACUAAUAGAAAAUCAAGCCAAAAAUAGCCCAACUGGCGCAAGUGGGACUUGCAAAAAUAUUCUAGAAAUUCCAUGUGAAAAUAUUCCUGUAAUCCAAAAGGACAUGGAUGCCAUGAGUAUCAAUUUUGAAACUCCAUACUUGUCAAAUCCUAAGCGUGUACAAAGAAAGUUGAGUUUACCACAGAUCAAAAUUCUUAAGAAGAAUUCCUCUCAGGAAUCAGAUUCUCCUCCUGAUGUUGCACAAUCUGCUGGAACAGGAAAUAAAAAGUUUUUUUCCAAUACUUCAAACUCUGGAAGCAGCUCUCGUUUCUUUACUACUUUGAAGAAGCGUAAACAUGCACUAAAGAGAGCACUGUCAUUCCAAAAUUCAUCAACUAGUAGUGAUGAUAAAGUACCUCUGGAGCAAAACAGUGGUAAAGAAAAGAAACCUAGUGAUGAUCUAAAUUCAGUGUAAAUUUUUUUUCAUUGUUCAAUGUUAUUAGUGUGUUCAUGGAUUGGUGCUGUAUUCCUGUAUGCAUUCAUCAUGGGCUAUUUAAAAUGCAAUCAUUAUAAAUGGUUUGUUCAUCUUUCAUUCAUUCAUCAUUUUUUGUUGUUUGUUUUUUGAAUGCUACAUUUAUAGAAUUUCAUUGUAAAUCACUAAUUUUGUCUACUCUCUUGAUUUUAAGAGAAAUUAAUUUAAAUAUUGAGAGUGAUUUAUGCUGUCGCCAUAUUAUUAUUUUUAAGUAAUU